AUGGAAUCAAGGAACAAUGUAACUUACUUUGUCCUCCUGGGCCUCACACAGAAUCCAAAGGAACAGAAAGUCCUUUUUGUUAUGUUCUUGCUCUUCUACAUUUUGACUGUGGUGGGCAACCUGCUCAUUAUCGUGACUAUAACUGUCAGUAAGACCCUGAACUCACCAAUGUACUUUUUUCUUGCUAGCUUAUCAAUUAUGGAUGUUGCUUAUUCAUCUUCUAUGACACCCAGAUUGAUUUCAGAUUUGUUCUUUGGGGAAAAUACCAUAUCUUUUGAAGCCUGCAUGAGUCAACUGUUUAUAGAGCACAUUUUUGGUGGGUCAGGAGUCUUCCUUCUGCUGGUGAUGGCCUAUGACCGCUAUGUGGCCAUAUGUAAGCCUUUGCAUUAUUUGGUUAUUAUGAGGCAAAGGGUGUGUGUUGUGUUGCUGAUGGUAUCAUGGGUGGGAGGAUUUCUGCACUCAGUAAUUCAGCUUAGCACUGUUUAUGGGCUCCCAUUCUGUGGCCCCAAUGUCAUUGAUCAUUUUUUGUGUGAUAUGUUCCCCUUAUUGGAACUCGUCUGUACUGACACUUAUAUCAUUGGCAUCUUAGUGUUGGCCAAUGGAGGACUGAUCUGCACUCUUGUUUUUCUGCUCUUACUCAUCUCCUAUGCAGUCAUCUUGCACUCUUUGAAGAACUUGAGUCAGAAAGGGAGGCAGAAAGCCCUCCAGACCUGUGGUUCCCACAUCACUGUUGUUGUCUGCUUCUUUGUUCCCUGUAUUUUUAUGUAUGUAAGACCUGCUAAGACCUUCCCCAUUGACAAAUCAUUGAGUGUGUUUUUCACAAUCAUAACCCCCAUGCUGAACCCAUUAAUCUACAGUCUAAGAAAUUCUGAGAUGACUAAUGCUAUGAAGAAGCUCUGGAGAAAAAAAAUCAGAUCAGAUAUUAAAUAA